AAAGAGGGAUGAUUCAGCCAGUAGCAUGCUGCCUCUCGUAGCGUGAAUAUCGGGCGAGCUCUCGUUGCGGAGGAAUCGCUACGGAAGAACGCAACACUCUUCAUUGCUCACCUGACUUUUCAACCUCAUUGUACCAGUGAUCGAAGAUUGAGGGAAGAGUGGUGUUUCCACCGCGGGAACACUUCAGGAAAACGAAACGACACGUUGUUGAUAAUUAGUAGUAGUACUGAAACUCUCAGAUAUAUUAACGUCGCACAACGACCGAGAAGCCGCGACGACGCGCCGAUGACAAUGCUAAACUCAGAACAACGGCAGUGAAAGAUGGUGGACAAAGAAGAGUUGAGAAUAACGAAAGCAAAGGCCCCACCACCACCGUUGAAUCUCAGCGAGGCGAUCGAGGAUGAAGUGCUGAACCAAAAGACUGCUAGAAUUCUUAAGAAUGAUCUUCUUCUACACGAAGCUGUGAUAAAGAACGAAGCGGACACUGUUCGUAAAGUACUCAAGGAGACUGUCGACGUAGAUUCCAGAAAUAAUUAUGGUCGCGCUCCGAUUCAUUGGGCAGCGUCUAGAGGAAACACAGAAAUUAUCGAGAUGUUGAUACAAGCGAAAUGCGAUAUCGAAGCGAGAGAUAAGUAUGGAAUGCGACCUUUACAUAUGGCCGCCCAACACGGACACCGAGACGCGGUGAAGAUGCUGAUCAAUGCCGGAGCAAACGUAUCCGCGAUUAACAAGAAACAGCACACCCUGCUAAUGUGCGGUGCUCGCGGCAGCAACGUGGCCGUGGUAGAAUACCUCGCGGAAGCCGUGGAAUCGUUAAACGGUGAGGCUACCGACUGCACCGGGGCGACUGCCCUUCAUCAUGCAGCCAUCACCGGACAUCCCGCGGUAAUCACAGCGCUGGCAAACAUCCCACGGAUCGUGCUGGACGCCACGGACAAGAAAGGACAAACGUCGAUGCACUGUGCCUGCGCUGGGGAACACUUGGACGCGGUUGAGGUUCUUAUAGGAUUAGGGGCGAACGUAGACGCCCAGGAUAACGACGGCAAUACCCCGCUUCACGUGGCUACCAGAACUAGGCACACAGGGAUCGCGCAAUUAUUAUUAAAGGCCGGAGCGAACACCGAGCUAAUCGAUGCGGAGGGCUUCACUCCCCUUCACGUCGCCGCAAGCCAGGGGUGUAAAGGAAUACUCGACUCCAUGAUUCAACACGGGGCCGAUCUUAACAAGCAGUGUAAGAACGGUAACACGCCUUUGCAUCUGGCCUGUCAAAACAACGAAGUAGAAACGGUAGAGAUAUUAAUUAACAAAGGCAUCGAUCUCAAUUGUUUGAAUCUGAGGCUUCAAUCGCCCAUACAUAUCGCGGCUGAGAUGGGACACACGGAUAUUUGUGAAUUACUUCUUGCAGCAGGCGCGAAUAUCGAGCAGAAAGAACAGAGCGGUCGAACGCCACUUUACAUUGCGGCGAGGGGCAGUUUCACGGCCAUCGUCGACAUGAUCAUUAAGACCGCCAGAUUGGAUUAUCCGACCCCGGAGAUCUCGAAUUCUGACAAGGAAGUACGAGAACUGACCCCGGCCCGAAGAUGGUGGAGAGAAGGCUCGCGCGGUGGCAGCAUCUCCAGCAACAACAGCCGCCUCUCGGAGCAAGUUCGAUCCGUUCUUUGGAAGUUGGCCUACAAGCAACUAGCGCCUGAAGAUUGGAAAAAAUUAGCCUUUCAUUGGGCCUUCACUCCCGAGCAGAUCAGAGCUAUCGAGCAUCAAUAUACCGUGCAUCAAGGGCAGUCUUAUGAAAAGGACGAUAAAGCCCCAAUUGUAGGUCCCUCGAGUUACAAGGAGCACGGGUUCCGAAUGUUAAUGAUCUGGGCCUCCGGACUGAAUCCAGAUGUACCAUUGACAAAAGAGCUCUGCGAAGCUUUAUCAGCGGUGGACAAGAAAGCAGUUGCUGAAUCCGUUCGCAAACAGUUGGAGCAGGGAGACGACAGUAAGGCAAAAUCGAAAGGGCAACGAUGUCACAAAUGCUCCAUUGCGUAAAUGUCUGCAAGUGCCAAGUUCACGUGAAAAUUCUACACAAUCAUAUGAAAACGUAACGAAUGGAUAUUGUAAUUUACGUAAUAGCUGUUGUUGUUGUUGUUGUUGUUGCUGUUGUUGUUGGAAGCUUACUUGCAUUGUAAUGGAAAGAGUUCAACUUGGCGAAUGCCAUUAACGACGGAUUUACGAGAAAGAUAAAAAGCAUACGAUGUUGUGUACAUUGCCUUUCGUACCAAUGAUGCAAUGUUACGCAAAUUCUUAGAGAAUACAAAAAACAAUUAUAAUUUACGACGCAGGUAUAGAUGAAAUGGCCCAAUUAAUACUAGUUUUUCAAAUGCUGAAAAUUCAAUCUUUAAUGCUUUUUUUAAUAUGAAAUUUAUAUUAUUACAGCAUUAUAUUUAAUUUUACUUGAAUUCUUAAACAGUCCACUUAUUGUCGUAACAUUUCAUUAAAAAUAAAAUCUCAUUCUUAUAGUUAAAAAGAAACAUUUAUUUUAAGAUUGAAUUUUCAGUAUUUGAAACACUGUAGGUAACUGGAUCAUCUAUCCCAGCUGCCACUAUUAUUUUGAAAGAAUAAGAAUUUCUUUGCAAAAUAUGAGAUAUAUAACUCGACAGAGUUUAUAUACAUACACACACAUUUUUUAGUCAAAAUUUAACGUUUGACCUAACUCAUGGAUGAGAUAAGUUAUAUGACCCGUGGAUGAGGUUAAUCUGUCAAUAUUGAAUAAAUAAUCUGCGAUUUAAAAAUUCAUAAGAAAAUAAAAUUCAUAAUGAAUUAUUUCUUAAAUUUUUUAAUCAGACGGAUUAUAUAUUAUCCAAUCCGUAUUUGAGAAAAGUUGAUUAAAGAUUACAAGUAUAUACAGUAGCUUCAUUCAUUUUGGAAUAAAAAGAAAAUGGACCCGCUACAUUCGGGUUAAAUAAUAUUUAUCAUACACGACGCGACAACAGUGAAAAAGGUAUUUGAAUUAUAUACAAAUAAUAUGAGAAAAGGAGAGAGCGAAUACUUAAAAUGGAGUAUUUAAACAAUUAUACGUACGAAACCAAGCCGUCCUAAGCUAAACUUAAUUCAGACAGACUAUCAUGAUUCCGUUUUAUCUUCGCGAUUCUUUUAUAGAGAAACGCCUCCGUAACUCGUAGAAACAAAAAUACAGUUAGUACACAAAAGCCAUCGAAAAAAAUGUACAAUUGUAAAAUCAAAGUAACAAUCGAACGUAGAUACUCUUCGGAAUAAUUACGCAUAGAGUAAGUGUGAGAGUAAAUUUUGCAGGGCUUUCGAUGUGAUAUCAGUUUAUUAGAUUAGACCUCGAAUAGUUAUCAAUAUAAAAUCGAUAUUGAUUAUCGCGCACGGUUCUCGAAAGAGACAAUCUACAUAUCUAAAACUUACAAAUUUAGACUUAACUACAAACGAUAACAUUAUACAUAAUUUUAUCCUGUAUUUCGCAAAAUAAAUAAUAAAAUAAAAAAUUAUAUAAAGCAAAAAUUGAAAAAUUAAAAAUACAAUUUUUAAUUAUAUGAAAUCAAAUAUAUAAUAAUAAAUUUAUAAGUGAGAGAAGCGAAUCAUUUCUUCUCUACCAUAUUUAGCUUAUAUAAUUUUAUAAAGUUGAUGAACUACUCAAUUAAAAGAUAUCGAGAAUAAUUAAAUGCGAAAAUACUUUCUCUGCAUUUCGUCUGUAUUUUCAAUUUUUUCAUACAAUUACGACAAUUAGUAAUGCAGCGAUAAUACAAAAGUUAAUAUAUAUAAGUAAAUACUUACGCAUGGAUUUAAAAAAAAAAUCAUGGACUUCCGAAGCUGCUUUCUGAAAGUACGAUUUUACAACAAUGUACAUAUCGUCUUGAUGUAAUAAAUCGUUGUAUUCUGUAAACCGUCGUAUAUAUUAUUGUGUUUCAAACGCAUCAUAUAAAUUAUACAAUGUAUACAACGUAAAUUUGUAAAAUUAUUACUUUGUUGUAGUAAAUUGUAUUGACACACAAGUUUAAUUUUUCAGGAAAGAA